CCGACCGAACGGCAGCGAAACAAAGGGUUCUUACGGGACAAGAAGGAGGCAAUAAUAGCGAGAAUUGGUCGGACACCAUGAUUCAAUUGAAGUCCCUCAUCAAUUGCAUCGACAAUUCCGGUGCCGCCAUAGUCGAGUGCGUGAACGUUCUGCGAUCGAAAAGGCCUGCGAAAGUCGGUGACCGCAUAGUAGUCGUCGUGCAGAAGCAGCGAAAUUUCGGCCCCGAGGCCAACAGUGUGUCCGUCAGCGCAGCAAACAAGGUCCGACGUGGAGAUGUGCGGCACGCGGUAGUCGUGCGGACUGCGAAGAAGUGGCAGCGGCCCGACGGGAGUGUUGUCAAGUUCGAUGACAAUGCGUGCGUGUUAAUCAACAAGGCGGGGGAGCCAAUUGGAACGAGAGUCAGCGGCAUCGUUGCGGCCGAGUUGAAGCAGAAGCAGUGGUCCAAGAUAUUAUCGCUAGCACCGAUGCAUGUUUAG